AUGAAGCUUUUCGUCCGCGGCCGCUCUUUCCACUGGCCUUUCCUCCACGGCCUGUUUCGCCGCCCACUUUCUGAUGGCGUGGGCUCCCGUCCGCAGCGACGGCCUAAUCAUUCCAUCAUUCGCAAGUUCAGAAAGAGAGCCCCCAUCAAUCAUCGAGCAUCUACAGUUCCGCAAUUGCUCCGAAACUCGCUCGGCUCUACAGCGAUGGGCCAAUCCAGAGCCCAUGGCAGCCGAUAAACAUCCAUCAAGAGAACCCACCCCACCCCAUUAGCUAGGUUUCCACUCUCCACUCUCCACUCCGUGGCGGCGGCGGAUCUCCUUCACCUGCCGGCUCGCGGAUCUCGUUCACGCGCCCGCGCCCGAUCUCCCUCGCCGCUGCAUCGGGCUUGGCGUGCGCAGGCAUUACGCAGUGAUUAGGCUAGCUGGACAUUGCGCCGGGACUCUUUGAGUAGUGGCGCCCCAAGCUUCUCCGGAAAGAUUGAGCGUGGGGCUCGGCCAUGACGUGAAACAAUCUCGCCAGGAGCAGAGGAAGGGGCCCGAUGGCGCCUGUGGUGACCGCUGCACUAGGCGCGUUGGGUCCUCUGCUCGGGAAGCUCGCCGAUUUGCUCGCCAAUAAGUGCGGCCGGCUCAAAGGGGUCCGCCGUGAGAUCCGCUCCCUCGAGAAUGAGCUUGCCGGCAUGCAUGGUGCGCUGACGGAGUACGCCAAGCUAGAGAAUCCUGAUGAGCAGGUGAAGAUAUGGGUGUCGAUGGUCAGGGAGCUGUCCUACGAUACCGAGGAUUGUUUUGACAAGUUCAUCCACCAGCUCGGCGUUGGUGGGGGUGAUGACGGCGGCUUCAAGAAGUUCUUCCGCAAGGCGGCUGACCUUCUGAAGACGCUUCAAGCUCGGCAUGGGAUCGCCAAUCAAAUCGACGACCUGAAGCUUCGUAUCAAGCAAGUCAAAGAGAUGAAGACUAGCUACACGCUGGAUGCUGUUGCUUCUAGCACCACGGGCCAUGCGACCGUGGAUCCCCGGUUGGCCGCUCUUUUUGCUGAGGAGGCACACCUUGUCGGAAUAGAUGGUCCAAGAGACGACCUUGCCAAGUGGAUGAUGGAAGAAGAGAACGAGCAACGUCGCAGGGUGCUGUCUAUUGUUGGGUUCGGUGGAUUGGGAAAGACAACAUUGGCGAAUGAAGUCUAUCGCAAGAUUCAAGGGCAUUUUGAUUGUCAUGCUCUUGUGUCGGUCUCCCAGAAGCCGGAUACAAAGAAAAUCAUCAAAGAUGUGAUUUCGCAGGUGCCCCACAAUGAUGAUUUCACAAAAGAUAUGGAGAGCUGGGAUGAUAAGAAAUCCAUUGGAAAGCUAAGAGAACUAUUACAAGAUAAAAGGUAUCUUGUCGUCAUUGAUGAUAUAUGGUCUACAUUAGCAUGGAAACACAUCAACUGUGCUUUUCCAGAGAAUAAUUCUUCAAGCGGAAUUAUAACUACAACACGCAUAUUAGAAGUAGCAAGAUCUUGUUGUCCAGAUCGUGCUGACCAGAUCUAUGAAAUGACACCUCUAAGUGACCCCUACUCCGAAAGACUAUUUUUUAACAGAAUCUUUGGCUCAGAUGAGUGCUGCCCUGAUAUGCUUAUUGAAGUUUCAAAUUCUAUCUUGAAAAAGUGUGGAGGCCUACCAUUGGCAAUUAUCAGUAUAACUGGUUUAUUAGCUAACAGACCACGUGUCAAAGAAGAGUGGGAGAAGGUGAAAAGAUCAAUUGGUUCUGACUUGAACGGAAACCAGAGUCUAGAGGGAAUGAAAAACAUACUGUCAUUGAGCUAUAAUGAUCUUCCACCAAACCUCAAGACUGUCUUGUUGCACUUAAGUAAUUUCCCCGAGGAUUAUGUGAUUGACAGAGAAAGGUUGGUGAGGCAAUGGAUUGCGGAAGGCUUUAUUUCUGAAGAGCGUGGGAGGAAUUGUCAAGAGGUUGCAGAAAGUUAUUUUUACGAGCUUAUCAAUAAAAGCCUGGUCCAACCAGUGGACAUUCGUUAUGAUGGGAAGGCGCAGGCCUGUCGAGUUCAUGACAUGAUGCUUGAACUUAUCAUUUCAAAAUCCAUUGAAGAAAAUUUCAUCACUGUGGUGAACGGCAGUCAAACUGUUUGGGGAAAUUCUCAGUGUUCUAUUCGACGUUUAUCGAUUCAGAACAUUGACCAGGAGCUUGCAUCUGAAUUGGCAAAGAAAGAUCUAAGCCAUGUCCGAUCUCUUAUAAUAACAUCAGGUUGCAUCAAACACUUGCCCAGUCUUACUAAGUUUGAAACUUUACGUGUACUAAAUUUUAAAGGUUGUCGAGGCCUGGUGGAGUAUGAUAUGGAUGGUAUGGAAAACCUGUUCCAGCUAAAGUACCUAAGCUUUAGUGGAACGGACAUAUCAGAGCUACCAUCUGGAGUUGUGAUGCUACAUGAUCUAGAGACGUUGGAUUUAAGGGGUACAUCAGUCAAUGACUUGCCGGCUAGAAUUGUUCAGCUCACUAAACUACAACAUCUACUAGGUAACAGCUAUAAGAAGAAGAUACCAAUCGGGAUUGGGAAUAUGACAAACUUAAGGGAGAUCUCAGGCUUUGAUAUUACCAUGAGUUCAGUAGGUGCAGUAGAGGAGCUAGGGAGCCUGAUCAAUUUGAAGGUACUCUAUGUACAGUGUAAAGAAUCUCAAGAAUGCAAGAGUCAUGCAGAGAUGUUUCAUUCCUCACUAUGCAAGCUUGGCAGCUACAAACUCCAGUUCGUGUGGAUACAUGGUGGUAAUUCAGCUCUGCUCGAGUUAUUAGAUUCCUGGUCUCCUCUUCCAUCUUGCCUUCAAAGAUAUGUGAUGGGCAGCGCGUACUGUUUAUCAAAACUGCCAAAGUGGAUUACUCCAGCACUCACCAGUCUUGCAUAUCUAAACAUUAAUUUAAGUGUAAUAACAGAGGAGGUUCUUGGCAUACUUGGAGAGCUGCCUGCAUUACUCUCUCUGGUGCUUUAUUCCAACACGGUCCAUAAAGACAGGCUUGUUUUGCAAGGCAGAGGAUUCCGUUGUUUGAAAGAGUUCGUUUAUGCUCCUUUUGGUGAAGGUGCGGGGACCCCUGUAUUUGGGAAAGGGGCAUUGCCAAAGCUCGAGAAGCUUCUGCUGUCAAUUUUUGUAUCAAUUGCAAAGGCCAAAGGGUUCUACAUAGGUCUUGAGCACCUCCCACAUCUGAAACAUGUACACGUUCUUCUUCAGAACCGGGAUGCCACAUCUUCUGAAGUUGAGGCUGCAAAAGUUGCCAUAAGGAAGGAAGCAAAUCUCCAUCCGAAACAUCCCAGAUUAACUUUCAGACUAAAACUGGAAGAAUGACAUGAGGGCAACUGUUCUCCUUGGAUACAACCAUGGGUGGCUUGGUUGGAAUGGCGUCCUGAAGCUACUAUUCUCGUUACCUGAAACUCAAAUAAAAGUGGUCUUGGUUACCAUUGGACUCAUGAUUUUCGUUCAUUCUUUGUGUGUGAACUUGGAAUUUGUUUUGAGGAGUAUUACAUUAAGAAGAAGGUCUCCAUCUGUGUGGAGCUUUGUCUUUCA